AGUGGGCGGUGAGCUCUGCUCUGGCCCACGCGAGGCGGUGUUGCGCCUGCCGCUCCGCUCCCCGCUGCUCCCCGCCGCUCCCCGCACCCCUUCCCGACAUGUCGCGGCGGCGGCACAGCGACGACAGCGAUGGGCAGCCCCAUAAGAGGCGGAGGACGUCUGAGCCGUCAGAGAUCGAGGAGAGGCUGGAGUCGCUCAUCUGCAGGGUGGGAGAGAAGAGUAAUUCAUCUUUGGAGAGCAACUUGGAGGGCCUAGCUGGUGUUUUGGAAGCUGAUCUACCAAAUUACAAAAGCAAGAUACUGAGAAUACUGUGUACUGUUGCACGUCUGUUACCCGAAAAGCUUACUGUUUACACAACACUGGUUGGGUUGCUGAAUGCCAGGAACUACAAUUUUGGUGGGGAAUUUGUGGAAGCCAUGAUUCGUCAACUUAAAGAAUGUCUGAAAGUCAAUAUGUAUAAUGAAGCUGUGCAUUUAGUUCGUUUUCUCUCUGAUCUUGUGAAUUGCCACGUAAUAGCUGCACCUUCGAUGGUAGCUAUGUUUGAGAACUUUGUGAGUGUGACACAGGAGGAGGACGUGCCCCAAGUACGAUGUGACUGGUAUAUAUUUGCAUUUCUGUCAUCUUUGCCUUGGGUUGGAAAGGAGUUAUAUGAGAAAAAGGAUGCCGAAAUGGAUCGUCUGUUGUCUCAGACAGAAAGCUACUUGAAGCGCCGCCAGAAGAUUCACGUACCCAUGCUGCAAGUGUGGACUGCGGAUAAACCACAUCCACAAGAAGAGUAUUUAGACUGCCUUUGGUCUCAGAUUCAGAAGUUGAAAAAAGACCGUUGGCAAGAACGACACAUUCUGCGGCCCUACUUGGCUUUUGACAGCAUUCUUUGUGAAGCGCUGCAACACAAUCUGCCUCCGUUCACUCCUCCGCCACACACUGAAGGUUCGGUGUACCCAAUGCCAAGGGUUAUUUUUAGGAUGUUUGACUACACAGAUGACCCUGAGGGCCCUGUCAUGCCUGGCAGCCACUCUGUUGAACGAUUUGUAAUAGAAGAGAACCUUCACUGCAUCAUCAAAUCCCACUGGAAGGAGAGAAAGACUUGUGCUGCACAGCUGUUGAGCUAUCCAGGAAAUAACAAGAUCCCCUUGAACUACCACAUAGUAGAGGUGAUAUUUGCUGAAUUGUUUCAGCUUCCAUCUCCACCACACAUUGAAGUCAUGUACACAACGCUUCUGAUUGAGUUGUGCAAACUUCAGCCUGGCUCUUUACCACAAGUUCUUGCACAAGCCACAGAAAUGCUCUACAUGCGCUUGGACACAAUGAAUACAACAUGUGUGGACAGAUUUAUUAACUGGUUUUCUCACCACUUGAGCAAUUUCCAGUUCCGUUGGAGCUGGGAAGAUUGGUCGGAUUGUCUUACUCAGGACCUUGAAAAACCCAAACCCAAAUUUGUGAGAGAGGUUUUGGAAAAGUGCAUGCGACUCUCCUACCAUCAGCGAAUAAUAGACAUUGUUCCUGCAAGUUUUUCUGUCCUCAGUCCUGCUAAUCCAGUUUGCAUUUACAAAUAUGGAGAUGAAAGUAACAGGUCUCUUCCUGGAUAUACUGUGGCACUCUGUUUAACAAUUGCAAUUAAAAAUAAGGCCAGUAAUGAUGAAAUCUUCAGCAUUUUAAAAGAUGUGCCUAAUCCAAACCAGGAUGAUGAUGAUGGUGAAGGAUUUACCUUCAACCCUCUGAAAAUAGAAGUCUUUGUUCAGACUCUGCUCCAUCUAGCUGCAAAGUCUUUCAGCCACUCCUUUAGUGCCCUGGCAAAGUUUCAUGAAGUCUUCAAAACACUUGCUGAAAGUGAUGAAGGGAAGCUCCAUGUUCUGAGGGUUGUAUAUGAGGUUUGGAAGAAUCAUCCACAGAUGAUUGCUGUGCUUGUGGACAAGAUGAUUCGGACACAAAUUGUGGACUGUGCUGCAGUAGCAAACUGGAUCUUCUCUUCAGAACUGGCACAUGAUUUUACUAGGUUUUAUAUCUGGGAGAUACUGCAUUCCACAAUUCGUAAGAUGAAUAAGCAUGUUCUGAAGAUUCACAAAGAAUUGGAGGAGACUAAGGCAAGAUUGGCCAGGCAGCACAAAAGACGAGACAGUGAUGAUGAUGAUGACGACGACGACCGAAGCAGUGAUCGGGAAGAUGGACCGCUAGAAGAGCAGAUAGAGCGCUUGCAGGAGAAAGUGGAGUCUGCCCAGAGCGAGCAAAAGAAUCUCUUCCUUGUUAUAUUCCAGCGUUUCAUUAUGUUGUUAACUGAGCACUUGGUGCGCUGUGAAACUGGUGGAAUUGAUGUAUUUACACCUUGGUACAAGAGCUGUAUAGAGAGGUUGCAGCAGAUCUUCCUACAGCAUCACCAGAUAAUCCAGCAGUACAUGGUGACCCUAGAGAACCUCCUGUUUACAGCUGAACUGGACCACCACAUACUAGCUGUCUUUCAGCAGUUCUGUGCUCUGCAGGCCUGAGGAUUUGUUGACGGGCACAAUCUUGUCUGCAGGACUUUGAUGAAUUUAAUUUUUUUUUUUUUUAACUUGACAUGGGGAUGGAAGAAUAUUUUGACUAAAACUGGCUGUCAUGUGUUCCUAUAUAAAACAGUACCGUACUUUAACAAACUCUGUAAGCAUCAGAAGCCUUACAAGGUAUGACUCAUAGGGGAUAGACAUAAAGUAUGAGUUCUUCUUGUUGUCUUUUAAUUUGGUUUGACUCUUGACUUCAUGAUAGUAUUUCUUCCUUGUUGUUUACAUAAAAAUAAAAAUCAGGCAGACAAAAAAACACCCUCCCAAACAAGCAACCAAACAAAAAACCCUCCAACCAA